UUGUACCCAAUUGGUACAGCAGCAAGCCAUAUAAUCAAAAAAAUUGAAUUAUUGAAAAUACUUUGUACCACUUUGUAAUUGUUUUUGUACUUGAAUUUUUUUUUAUUUUGUUUCGUACGCAAUUAUAAAUAUAAACGUGAUUAAAUGCCUCUAUCAAAACGUAGGAGACUGUUUACACCUAAAAAGGGUGGUAAACUAAAGCCCAAAGAUGAAGUAAUCGAUAAUGAAGUAAUAACAGCUCGAGGCCGUCUCAAAGGUGCCUUGAUGGAGAUGAUGGAACCUACUGCCGAUGACUCUGACGCUUCCUCAGACUUUAUGCCUUCACGUGAAAGAUUGAGUAGAGAUCUAAAGGAGCAUUCAUCAGAAGAGGAAGAUAAACAAAUAAGGCGGAGGAAGUCUCCACAACGCCAGUCCUAUGUGCUCAAACUGUUUGACAGAAGUGUGGACUUGUCUCAGUUUACCGAGGACUCCCCACUCUAUCCUAUCUGCAGAGCGUGGAUUGCUAACCAGCCUAAGGCCAAUUAUAGUGAUUUUAAUAAAUCAGUAGAAGAAACUCCAUCAGAAGACAGUAUAGAUCUGCCAGGUCCUGAGGGGCCAGUCAUAUCUAGGAUACCAGAUUUGCUGCCAGAGCAGAAAAAAAGCAAAGAUAAUAUUAAUUUGAAUUAUCACGAAGCACAGCCACCAAGCAAGGAGGAGCUACUCGCGCAGCACAUGUCGCGCUGGGCCGACGUGCGCAACGCGUGGCAGCAGCGCGCCGUGCUCGUGGAGGCACGCUACUCGGCCACGCAAGACGUGCUCAACCAGAUCAGUCACAACAAUCUGUAACAAAAAACGGAGAAAAGAUUUGAUUUUAAAAUUUUUAUAGUGAUUUUUUUAAUUGCAUAAGUAAUAAUCGUGAUUUGUGUAUUAAUUAUAAUUUUUAGGGGUGUGAUUAUUUGAUUAUUGAAUGAACAGUACCAUAUACAUAUUUAAAAAUCUUUUAUUUAAUAAAGUACAUUUUUAUUUUGA